CGGGGUUGAAGGCGGAAGUAUUUGCUCAGGACUUGAAUUUGACCUUAACAAGCACAACACUAUAUGCUGGUUAAAUGUGUGCUGCAGAAGGGAUAUUGUGACUUAUUGAGAAGUUAAUGUGGUCGUUGUCCCAAUGGAUCCUAAUCUGUUGUUUUGGAAAAGCGAAGGACAGUCGUUCUUUAGUCGGUUCAAGAUCUGGGUUAAUAUCCUUGAUCCCACUUCCCUUCUUUCCUCUGAUGCCACAAUAAAGAGGGCUCAUGGUCUGCUUGGAGGUGGACAGAAACUAGAUGAUUGGGAUGAAAAAACAGUCACCCUAUCACUUUCAUCUGUCCAUGCUGACUCUGGUGAUGUUCUUCCACUUAUGCUCCGCCCUGUAGCAUUUUUGUCCACAUCAGCACCAUUGGUGAUCGCCAGCUUUUUGCCUCACACCAAUGUGAAAUAUGCUCUGCUCUGGCAGUUUUUCCUGCAGAGUUACCAAACUAGGUUCACCCUUGCAAACAGAAAUUCGUCAUCAGAAAAGAGUAAGAAGCUGUCUUCGAGGCAGCUUCUGUUGAGCGCUGGAACCGUUUGCUAUGCAACAUGUGCAGGGUCCCUUCCUCAAAUUAUGAUUUAUAAUCUUGGUGUAAGUAGUGAAGUAAUCAAGGCUGUCUUAAGGACCAUGCUACCAAUCCCUCUCUCAGCUGCUGUGGCCUUCAUCAGUGUGUACACUGUCAGAAGUGAAGAGUCACAAACUGGGAUCAAAGUGUUUGAUUCCAAUGGAAAUCUGGUCGGCCUUUCUAAAGCAGCGGGACAAAAGGCUGUGAAGGAGACUGCACUGUCAAGAGCGGCGCUGUUCGGUACAACCGCUGCUGUCCCUUCCCUCCUGAUAACACUCUUAUGGAGAACAAGAGUGAUCCAGAAGAGCUCUGUGCUGAUCGCUCCUCUCCGUUACAUGAGUGUUGCGAUUGGUUUUGGCUUGAUGAUCCCUGUCUCGUUCAGUCUCUUUCCACAGCUGGGCACGAUAAAAAAGGAAAACGUGGAGAAGAACCUGCAGAAGGCAGCUUGCGACGGACUGUUAUACUACCAUAGAGGACUCUGAGGACCUAUAAAUACACAAAUCUACCAAAACACAGGUUGCUAUUACUCGGUAGUAUUAUAAUAAAUGUCUUCUUUAGCAUCAUGCAGCUGAAAAUGUACAACGCAUGUAACACACUCAAAGAUGCCCAAUUGAAAAAAUACAGUUUGAGACAUUAAAACAGUCAAAACG